GUAUUUAGUGACACCACUGUGACUUCGAUGCGCGCACGGACUCCCUGUUUCACUUGCUACAACUUUGGAUGAAAGAAACACUGGCCACAACGGCGUGCUCUCACCUUUACGCGCGAUAUGACAAGGAAUACUCAAUGCUUAUUUUGCAAGUGUGAGACAGAAAGUGGAAAUAUAUGUUUUGGAAUUGAAGCACAAUACCCUACCUUUUGGCAUGGAUGUCUUUUUCAACUAGUAGGUUGACAGGCUUACUUCCCAUAGUAUUAUAUACUAGCCUACUACCGUGUAACAGCCUACUGAUUCGGUUAUAGGCCUACGUGUAGUGAGAAGGCUACUUUAUAAGUUAAUUGUUUUCUCUCUACUCGACAUAUUCAGAGAACUGAAAAUGGAAAAUGUUACUGAAGCUCAAGAUAAUCAGACUUGGGGGACUUGGACGGACCAAAUAAUCGAAUACAAAGUGGUGAGCACUUUGUUAGUUUUCGUGAUAUGCGCCUUUGGGAUCGUUGGUAAUGUUAUGGUGAUCUUAGUGGUGCUUACCACUAAACACAUGAGGACACCCACCAACUGCUACCUGGUGAGCUUGGCCGUUGCAGAUCUCAUCGUACUAACUGCGGCGGGCAUACCGAAUAUCACGGACAGCAUCUUCGGGUCUUGGGUGUUCGGCCGCUCAGGAUGUCUCGGAAUCACCUACCUCCAGUACCUGGGAAUCAAUGCAUCGUCCUGCUCUAUCACCGCCUUUACCAUCGAAAGGUACAUCGCUAUUUGCCACCCGAUAAAAGCCCAGUUGCUGUGCACACUGUCCAGAGCCAAGAAGAUAAUAUUGUUUGUCUGGGGUUUCACUUUACUUUACUCCGUCAUGUGGUUCUACCUGUCAGAUAUCAAAGAAGAAGCAUAUGAGAACGACGUGACCAUCGUGAUAUGCAGCUACAAAGUUUCAAGACAACUCUACUUGCCCAUUUACUUUUUGGAUUUCGGGAUAUUUUUUGUUGUGCCGCUUAUGCUGGCUACCAUUCUGUAUGGUCUCAUCGCCAGAAUCCUGAUCAUGAAUCCGUUACCUUCUGGACGCAAGGAUAAAAGUAAAAAUGAACAAAGCAACACAACAAGGGGAUGUAAAAACUCCCACCACACCAGCACUACCGCUACUUCUCGGAGACAGGUAACCAAGAUGCUGGCUGUGGUGGUGAUCCUGUUCGCUGUGCUGUGGAUGCCGUACCGCACCCUGGUGGUGGUAAACUCCUUCCUGGAGCAGGCCUACAUGAAUACCUGGUUUAUCCUCUUCUGUCGGAGCUGUGUCUACCUCAACAGCGCAAUCAACCCCAUCAUCUACAAUGCUAUGUCGCAGAAGUUCCGUGCCGCCUUCCGCAAGCUCUGCCUCUGCGGACGGAAAGGCUCUGAGAAGCCUACCGGCGGCAGGUACGGUGUGGCGCUGACCUACAGCGUGGUCAAGGACACAUCUAUGGUGGAGACUACGGACCAAUUCAACACAGAGCUGGACGAGAUCACGGUGACCUGUGAGUUGCCUGACAAGAAGAUGGUGUUUCAGGACACCUGUGUGUACAGCAAGGUGACUUUAUGCAAUGACUGAUGUUGUACGGUUCGGGUUCAGGGAUCAGUCACUGAAGAUUACAGCUCCUCCAAGCCUUGAGGGACAGCUUUGGAGGUGCUGACGUUUUUGGUGUGAACAGACUAUAUUUUAGAGCCAUUGGUGUGUCUGGUCUGUCAAGUGUGAAAACAGUGUCCUGGGUGAAGCUAACAAAACAUUUUAGUCCCUGCCUGAGAUGUGAAUACAUUAUUACUGUAUAUUUGAGUCACUUUUUGCAAAUCCAAUGUAUUUCCACAUAGAUUCCACGUCAACACCUUGACAAAUGACAUUGGAACAAUGUUGAUUCAACCAGUUUGUGCCCAGUGGGAUGUGUACUCAGACACUCAUCUUCAGAUACACAUUGUGAGCUGUCCCGGUUUGACUCAAGGUGGACAUUUCCCACAGAAUGAGACCUCACUGGACUGAGAGGCAAGCAGGGUUAGCAACUAGAUGUGCUGUGGCCACAGGACUAUGACUUGCUCUCAACGGUCCUGUGUCACAGCCAUUUUCACUCACACUGAAGUGGACUAUCAAGAGACCCAAGCUUGACCUUCGGGGAGUAAUUGUAAGGCCCCAUGUACAGUACAAUGUGAAGGCUAUGUGGGGACACAUUACUGUGUUGUGUUUGCUCUUCAGACACAAGUCCCAAGAGCAGACACACGUUUCAGGUUUGUGCUCUUGGGACACAGACAAUGUGAACUGCCCUGGUGUGACUCAAAUGGCACAUUUUUCACUCUUAAUGAGACCUCACUGGCAGGGUCAGAGACAAGCCUCUCUCUUUCUCAAACAAGGUAUACAGACCUAAGGCCGAUGUCCUUUAUGCAGGCCUAUUUCCCAAUUUAGAUUUUUCUUUAUUUUAUUAUAUAAUGGACCAUAUUAUUGUGUAAUGUGAAAAAAUCUGUAGGCUAUUUGUUACAGAGAGUAAAAUGUAAACAUCAAAACUUGAGUCCAUUUUGGAUGAUCAAGAGCGAGUGAUUAUGAUUUUGAUACAGUUACUGUAUAUAUUGUGGUGUAUUGGGACUUUUCUGCCUCUAGGAUCAGGUCCCCCAGUCCAUUUAAUCUUAGUUAUUCAUUGGGAUUUGAAAGGCAAAACCAAUCCUCCUUCGGCACUCCUGCUCUGAGAUGAUUGAUAUAUAUUCCCCCUGGGUCCUGGAACUGGGGAAUCUAUGAGUGUGCCCGGCUGCACAAAGGCAACACAAUUUGGCAGGGUGCCAUAACUGUCAUAACAUAAAUCUAUAUCAUAUAUCUUAGCCAGCUGGUACACUGCCGAGAGUUCAAUGAUUAUUUCAAUGUAGAGUGAUCGAUACAUUUUACCUUCCGUGAAUGUACAAAUUUGUCACCUUGACUAUUAAUGAAAUCGUGCAUCACUUUGUGGAAACUAUCAAAAUACAUUUUGAAAGCAUUUGUAAAGGUAUCGUUCUUGUACUUGAUUUCAAAUCCUGUUUGCUUGAGGUGAGGAUCGCUGUAUGUGGAUUGAUGUACGAUUUUUCUGUGAAUUGUCAGCUACAUAUACAGUAAAAGUACUUUUUCCCCCCUUGGUGCUGAAAUAGAUAUCAGUAUUUAGAUAUCAAUAAGAUAAACAGAUAUCAUUAAGUAUAUUGUGCAGUAACAUAUGGUGAACGUCGUUCCUUUUAAAUGAAUAAGAUUGCAUUUGUCGGUUGUUUUGAAUAAUGUUUUGUGUGAACAACUACCAUAAUGAUUCAAAUAAACAACUUUAAAAACAUUUGACUGGGGUAAUUUGACCAGAGAGAAUGGUGAUUAUGUAUAUAACAUAUUGUAAACAUACUGUAGCUGCUGAUGUAAAAAGGGUUUGAUAAAAUACAUUUAAUUGAGUACUUCAAACAUAUUACAGACUAGACAGCUCACUAGCAUACCCUUUUCAGUUAUGGAUCAUGUGGCAUUUACUAUGUAAAUGUUCUGUCUGAAAAUGGCAUACAUUAAAGCAGGGAUUAUCAACUAGAUUCAGCCGACAUUAUGACAUCAUUUUCUGGAAUUUCCAAGCUGUUUAAAGGCACAGUCAACUUAGUGUAUGUAAACUUCUGACCCAUUGGAAUUGUGAUACAGUGAAUUAUAAGUGAAAUAAUCUGUCUGUAAACAAUUGUUGGAAAAAUUCCUUGCGUCAUUCACAAAGUAGAUGUCCUAACCGACUUGCCAAAACUAUAGUUUGUUAACAAGAAAUUUGUGGAGUGGUUGAAAAACGAGUUUUAAUGACUCCAACGUAAGUGUAUGUAAACUUCCGACUUCAACUGUAUGUGUGAAAUGCUUGAUUGUCACGCCCUGACCAUAGAGAGCUUUUUAUUCUCUAUGUUGGUUAGGUCGGGGUGUGACUAGGGUGGGUCAUCUAGGUGAUUAUAUAUCUAUGUUGGCCUGGUAUGGUUCCC